CAGUCUCAGUAUUGUUGUGCUGAAUGUGACUGCCAUCAUGUACCUGAUACAGGACAUCAUCGUGCUGCUGCUCAGCAUCAUGCUGGUUCAGAGUUGUUCCAGAAAGGCAUUGGUCAAUGAGACCUCUGAGGAGACCGAUAACGGCACUGACCAGGAUUAUUUCUCUGUAUAUGCCAUAAUUGAAAGAGCCAACAAGAAUGCUGGAAGGUCAAAGGGUGACUUCAACAUUGUGGAUGGUGACAUAGCAGUGAACACCGGUCUCCAGAAUGCAGAUCCAUGUACAUCUCGUAAAUGCAAGUGGUUAAGAAGCAGUAAUGGGAAGGUUUAUGUGCCCUACGUCAUUUCCAGGCAGUACUCACGCUCUGAAAAACGCAUUAUCAUUAAUGGGCUGAAGUCCUUCAAAGAGUCGACCUGCAUCCGAUUCAUACGUCGCACCAAUGAAGAAGACUUCAUUCAUAUAAAGUCAGAUUUAGGGUGUUACUCUUACGUGGGUCGCACGGGUGGAGAGCAAGUGCUGUCCCUAGAACGCAAUGGGUGUGUUUACUUUCACAUUGUCCAACAUGAGCUUCUCCAUGCUCUGGGUUUUUGGCACGAACAGAAUCGUAGUGACCGUGACAAGCAUGUCAGAAUCCUCUUCCAAAAUGUUGAACCUGGACAUAAACAUAAUUUUAACAAAAUCAACACCAACAAUUUGAAAACUCCAUAUGACUACAAUUCUGUCAUGCACUAUUCAAGGUAUGCUUUCUCAAAGAACCAACAGCCGACUAUCAUCCCUAUACCAUGCAGUAACGUUUCUAUUGGACGUGCCAAAAAGAUGAGCAGGAAUGAUAUUCUACGUGUUAACAGGCUCUACUGCCAUUAAAUUUGUCUCUAACAUCAGCAGUGUAUUCAAAAUGCUUUUAUAAACUGUUUGCAAAAAAUGAUAUUGAAAUAUUCUGAUGUUUUUUAAUUGUUCUUAAAUUCUACAAAUUGUGUGUUGUACAAACAGCCAUCUGGGCACAUUGUGCUUAGCAUUUCUCUGUUCUCUAAUACUUUAGGUGGUUUCUAUCUUCUGCUGUUAUAGAGCUUAUUUUUAAUAACCGACAGUGCUACAAUCAUUUAUAAAAUGCAUAGUAAA